AUGGCCGCCAGCGCAGUCCGAGACGACCCUCUGGGACUCCAGGCCGCUCUGAAGGCGCAGCUCCAAGCCCAGGGCGACAUCUCCCUGGAAGACUUCGAGACAAGGUACCCGGCCCCCGGAAGCGCUGGCGCCUACCUGGACAAGGUCACCUUCGACGUUCGGCGUGCCAAGUACUGGGAUCUGGUGACUGAGGACAUCCACAAGCACAACAAGCGCGCACAGACCGCGGUGUGGGGAGGCACGCGGACGGCUGCGGCAAGUUGGAGGAGGGUCAAUGCCAAAUUGUCAGAUGAAGGCUUGAGGCACCUGAAGAGCGACGGUUUUGUGGUGGGGGGAUCGCGCUUCAGGAGCUUCGGGGACGCGUUUCACAACAUCUACAGCGACGACCUUCCCGUGUGGGUGGGUGCGGACCCCAUGUUGCACGCCUGGCACAAGACGUACGAGGAGAUGCUGAUCGACCUGGAGGCGCACUGCCUGGCGCCAAGGCUAAGGGGGGUGCUGGAGGGCAUGCGCAGUGCGCUGGAGGCACAGGCGGCUGAUCUGGACUCCACGGCGCUGGGACAGGGCAUGCGGGACGCCGAUUGGUUUUUGACGGUGGCGCUGUCGUUGUUGAAGGGGAAGGAACCCAAAGAGGUGCCUGCCCAGGCGGUCGCAGGGCGCCAUCGGCAGAUCAGGCGAUGGGGCCAAGUUUGUACAGCAGAGGAACUGGCAGAGGAUUUUGGGCGAGAGGCGAGCGCACUCGGGUGCGACGCAGCGGUGGAGGCCACCUUGGCUAGGAUCGAGAAGGGGGGCCUCGCGUGCUGUGAGAUGUUCGGCGGCGCGCGUGACUUCGAUUUUUCGCAGUUGAAGCCGAGGGGGCAUUACGAGAGGAGCGCCACCUUGAGGAGGUACUUUAGAGCUGUGAUGUGGUGUGGGCGCGUGGAUAUGCGUAUGGGUGGGGAGGGCGGCGGGGGCACGCGGGAGCUGGGCUGUGCGCUGGCGAUGCUGCGGCUUUUGAAGGAGUCUGGACAGUUUAGGGAGUGGGAGGCCUUUCACGAUCUGUUGGACGAUUUUGUUGGGGAUUCCGACUCCAUGACAUUCCGCCAGCUGGACGCUCUGCUUGGACAGUACUGCUCUCAGACUGGUGUGCAAAAUGUCAGGGAGCUAAAGAGGCCCCACUGCCUGGACGAGCUCCUGGCUCUGAUCCGAAGUUCGAAAUUGGGAGAACAGGCCAUUUGCAGCUCUGUUCUGGAAAGCGACGACCAUUCCACAGUCCCUGUGGCCCUCCCCCUUGCCUUCACAUUCAUGGGCCAGAAGUUCACCAUCGACAGCUGGGCCAUCUCCAACACUGUGUUCGAUCGAGUCUUUUACAAAGGACAGAAAGUGCUUCACACACACCCCAGCUGCCUGGAUGUGUGCUUUUCAGUAUUUGGCAACAAUAGCGUCAUGCCGCACAUCGUGAACAAGGUGAAGGACAGCAAUUUGCCAUACCAUUCGGGCCUGGCUGCCGUCAGGGAGGUGGUCGAUGCCCUCCCCACAAAGGCUUGGAAUAAGAACCUGUACAUGUUGUGGUUGAGAGUGCUGCGCGCACUUUCAGAGCCCACCGUUGGGGAAGACUUUCCCGAAGCCAUGAGGACGCAGGCGUGGGCGGCCAAGAGCGCCGAGACCCAGAUCGCUAGCUGGUCACAGUUGAGGCAUGACAACAUCCUGUAUGCGAAGCCAUCUUAUGGCAUGAUAUGUGGCUGUGAGUACCCUGCCGGUUAUGUGGAGCCGCGGCCAGAAUUUUGGAGUGCGUUCCAAGACAUGGUCAAGUGCACCAGAGAGAUCACUCAACGAGGUUGGAGUCUGGGGGCGAUCGAGGUGAAGCAAAGGGUUCAGAAGAGGCAAACAGCAAUCCUGAAGAAAUGGGAAGAGACUCUGUCAGUGCUCCAUGCAAUAUCCCAGAAGGAGCGGCGCCAAGAAGAACUGGAUGACGCUGAGGCAGGCUUUCUAAAGAGGAUUGUGCGGGAUCAACUGGGGGCCAGUGGGUUUGGGAAAUACGAUGGCUGGUACUGUGACCUGUUCUAUCGAUCGCAAGCUGAUUCCAACAAGGAGGAACUCAUCGUUGCAGAUAUACACACCCAACCGCCAGAUCAACUGAACCCAAGGGGCUUCGUGCUGCAUGAAGGCAUUGGGCAGCCAAUGCUGAUGACCAUAGCCGUGAACUCGGGGGAUGAUGUGGCCCUGUACGUAGGGCCGGUUUUCAGCCAUCACGAAUUCGAGAUGGAAGGGGUGCAGCGCAUGAGCGACUCUGAGUGGGAAAUGCGUGUGAAGAAUGGAAACCUGCCGGCAGUGUCAGAUUGGAAGACGUACAUUGCUUCCAAGGGAUGA